AUGUUCUUUGUGUCAUCCUCAUUGCUGAUUUCUGUUCCCACUGUUUUUGACACUCUAUUGCCAUAUUUUUAUUUCCUCGCCACCGAACCCUCAGGGACUUUAGGUCACAUUCCCCCGUCUACACUUGCUACUCCUUUGUCCACUUCCUCGAUUGGACCUUCAAGAGAAUGCACUCUGGCUCGCAACCGCAGCCUUCGCUCUACAGAAGAGCGCAACAGGAGCCACGUGCAUUUUUCGCCCCUUUUAAUCAAUUCCCCUGAUGUGUUACAUGGCAACAGUUUCGUAUCUUCUAAAUCAGAAAUGCAGCUCACUCAUCCAGUUGCCACUCAUAAGCGCUCUCAUGUGGAAGACUUGAGGACAAGUUCGCCCAGUUAUCUGAGGGUUGCAGUGGCUGCCUUCGGUUAUCCGACGUAUGCUGGUGAUUCUUCACCAUUUACUAGGUCCAUCCCUGCCCAGCGACUUCGUCCCAUGCAGCUGUCUUUGUCUUCCCAUCAGACGAACACUGUCGCAUUCUCUUCGCCGGACUCCCCCUUACACGCUGCAGCCAAUCUUAUGUCACGUUCCACUGCUCCUUCAGCGCAUUUCCAAGAUCCAUCGCUAUCAGCGCAAUCUGCUCAUAAUUCCGGAGCCACCAAUUUCACUUUCAAUCUGCGCCAUCCUUCCGUUCCAAAGGAUGCAGUUUCGAACUCAACCGGGCAACCGGCUAGAGAGUCAUCCGCUUCUCAACACCACAAGUGCUCUUCAGUUUCUCCCUGCCCCUCUCCGAACGUGAAUGUGCAACCGACUCCCAAUGGCCCAACGCUCCGUGGACCCAGAGUUCGUAGCCAGGCUGGCACUCCUGAUGAUCAUGAGCAUUGGCAGCGAUCUUCCUUGAUCAUGCUAGCUGUGACGCAUGCCAGUCCCCGGGGACGAACUUCAGGUGUGCAUGAGAGUCAGCAACAUUCACACAUCUUCGAUGGUAUUGGAGAUCUGUCGCAUUUCAACGAUUACUCUUCCCCCUCAGGUAUUUCUGCCCGAUGA